UUACAUGUAUUAUUACGCAUGCUUACCCCAUUUCUUACCGAUAAGAUAAGAAGCAGCCGCUUUUCUCCCCUCCGCGUCCGCUUCCCCAAUAUCUACAUCCAUUCCAUUUCAUCUGCUUCUUCUGCUCAUAUUGACUGCUAUAUACUCUCCAUAUUCAUCCCUUUUAGCAGCUGAGCGUUAGAUAGAUUUAGAAUCCUCUCGCCAUGUCCCAGACACUACCGAAAAACGUCCAUGUGUCCCGCCAUCCGUGUCUACGGGUGAAGCUCUCCCAGCUUCGAUCAGGCAAGGCAUCAAGCCGUGAAACCAACGACCUAGUCCACGAGAUAGCCACGAUAAUAGGCUGUGAGGCCUUUGCAGACAAUAUCUCUGUGGCCCCCGGUGAGAAGGUGUGUUGUUCCCUGCCUUCCCCGCUGCCACCAUCACUCAAUAGUUUCCGAUACUAAACAGGGCAACGAAUGAAACAGAACACCACCCCCCUCGGAUACGAAUAUACCACUAGCUCCAUAACGCCAGACAAGAUCGCCCUGGUUCCUAUACUACGAUCAGGCCUCGGCAUGGUCAACGCAAUUCAAACCCUUCUCCCAUGCACGCCAGCCGUGCACCAUCUCGGCCUGUUCCGCGAACCCACCACCCUCGAACCAGUAGAAUAUUACAACAACCUCCCCUUCCAGCCGAACUCGACGGGCGUCAACUCCGCCGCAGCAAAGCUAGCAAUCAUCAUCGACCCCGUGGUUGCAACGGGCAGCACUGCCUCAGCGGCCAUCCAGACGCUGCGUGAGUGGGGGGUGGAACGGAUCUUGUUCCUGUGUAUCUUGGGUAGUCAUGCUGGUCUUAUCAAGGCGGCGGGGGAGUGGGAGGAAGGCGUGCAGGUUUGGACGGGGGCCGUGGACGAGCAGGUUGACAUGAAGGGAAUGAUUCAGCCUGGUCUGGGGGAUAUUGGGGACAGGCUUUUCUCGGCCGGCGGUAGGACGUCGGUGAGUUAGGAGGUGUGCGGUUUGCUAUGACCGGUGAUGUGGUGUGGCUUGGUUGGGCGGUGUUUGGCGAGACUUGGUUGGUUUAUAUAAAUACGUUGAAUUUGACUUGAACGGUACAUUGACGUCAAUCUACUAAGCUACAGGCCUACUAGUUAAUUUAAUUCGAUGCUGCAAGGGAAGAGAGCGGUUCACCAUCAAUAUGAUGAGAUUAUUUGGGUAAUGUUAAGUAAAGUCUGUAUGGUACACGCAAUUUGUAGUAGACCAGAGAAGAGAAGCGCAGAAAUCAAGAAAGCAGAAUCAGCCAUGGAGAAUUAAAAAAAAAAAAAAUAUCGAGCAUCUGACCAAGGAAAUAAGAGAUAAAUCAGUAAAUAGAAUCGAUGGAUAGAUAGGAGCUAUAUCAAAUAUCAACAGAAAAAGAUUAAAUAUAAAAAAAUAAAUGAAAAGUAAAGCAAAAAGAGAAAACACGCAAAAACAAACACUGGCUGACCGAACAGAAAUCUAGUAAGUAAUAGGCAGAUAGAUGAGAUGAGAUUGAUAUAGAGACGAGAGACAUUAACGCGGCACGCAGAACGCAGACCAGGAAAGCAAGCAAACAAGAGCAAAGAAAAGAUAUUCCAAAAAGAAACAAUUGAAAAUGGCGAAACAAUGAACUCGAUGGCGUCAAGGUAAGGAGGCAGAGGCAUAUUAAGUCCAAAGACGAGGACGAGGAGAUGAGAGCCAUGCACAAACGCAGAACGGAGCAGAGUAUCAGAGUAAAGCAGAAGAGAACAGGAGAACUAAAUGGAGUAUAUAGACCGCGAGAAAAAGCAGUAAAGCAAGGCAAGCAAAAAGAGCAGAAAGGGAGAAAAAAGGCACUAAAGAUUAAAUGUAGGGUGUUGUAGAAAGGUAGUAAAGUAAUAGUAGGAAAGAGAGAAGAGAAGCAAGUUGAUGCGGCGAACAGACGCAGACACGCAGGACCAGCUGGUGUAGAGAAGAUGAGGUGCAUGCCUUUGCUCGGUUGUGGAGCAGAGGUUAGUGUCGAUGUAGGUUGGAUGGGUAUUUGGUUGCGAGUGAAGUCACCAGGAGGUAAAAGGGGGGGAUGUGUGAGCAGCCAGUCCGCACGAAGGAAGCAGAGAAAAAAGAACGGAAAAAGGGACACGAACAGAUAUCUCAAACCCACCAGCCAAGGAAAAGAACGAAGCAGAAAAGAAAUGAGGGAAAAAUCAAAUCCAAGGAAAUCCGUUUCUGACACGAGACAUGCAAAUGCAGAUUAGAAAAGAAAAGAAGGAAAGGAAAGGCAAGUCGAUAGAGAAGCCUUCCUCGUUUCUUUUCCCCUUCGUUCCCUUUGCCACUUUGCAUUCGCCUUUGCCAGCUAUGUCAUGCCAAAACCCCGUGUCCAUGUUUUUCCCCGGUAGUGCCAAUCUAUGUGUGUAUGUAUGAAUGUGUUGUUGUCCGUGACCACCCCCUUCAAGCAAGCAAAAGCCGAAAUAUAGAAAGUAGAGAAAUAAAUCGAAAAAAAAAAAAAA